ACGUCAGAUCGUGUUUUUGGGUAAGGAGGGAGGGGGCGGCCCGUGCCAUGGUGUGUUUUCAGAGGAGGGGUGUAGCUCGCUUGACGUCUGUCAGGCUCCGACAGUUUGGUAUCACUCAUGCUUUUUAUUAUCAUUGUCAAGGAAACAGAGAUGCACACUAAAAAAGGCAUUAAGGAAGGCAGAUGUGGAGGAUUACAGAUUUCGCCUCCCUUUUUCUCUUGCUGGUGGUUGAAGGCAGCUUGUCAUCUCCUCUGCAAAGACUGAGCUCCGCUGCCGCGUUAUGAUGGGACUGAAGGUCCUUGAGAAGAGUGAAGCAUAAAAGGAUGACAGCUGGGCUGAUGGUAGACCAUCAAGGCUGCUUGUUCCUGAGUCAAAGAUGCAUGCUACCAAUUUGGAUCCAUCCCACUGAAGGCGCCUGAGCUGAUCCCAUCCUGCAUCUCAGUCCCAUGUCUGAUCCUACUGUCCUGCCAUUCCCUAUUCUUCCUUCCGGGUCAUUGCCCCUCACCAUGCCUUACAGAUAGAGAGCGAGGCGAAAGCAGACCGUGGAAUUAGACGAUACAUCUCUGCUAUUUAUUUGGUUUCAGCAGGGCUGUAUCCAGCAGGGGGGAAAACAGUCAAAGCGAGCUGGAAGAGAUGGGCCCAAGUUCAAAUUCUGCAGCUAGUGGAGCAACAGAGGGCUCACAAGGCCCAGGGCUGAGGAGGGCCUCAUCUCAGUCUAUACAGCCUUCUUUGAAUAAGAUGAGCCAAAGCGCCAAGGAGAGCAUGGGGGUAUUUGGUCAGGGAUUGAAACAACUUUUCCAAAAUCCACGUAAACGCCUCUCCCUCUCUCGCUCCACCAUCCCUUCAUCAUCCUCCUCCUCAUCCUCCUCAGUGGUGUCAGCAGGCGGCACCUCCCACUCCUCUCCCCAGGACGUUUUGGGGUCCUGCACUUCUGACUCUGAUCGGCUGUCUGCUCCUGUGGUUUCUUCUGCAGCUGGACAGGGCUCGGCCGCUGCAGGCAUGAUCAAGCGUGGGACCAGCCUGCAGAGCCGGCGCACCAAGGGGUCCGGGUCUGGGAGCGGAGACCGGGACCCCCUUCUGAGAAGCAGCCCUCAGCCUCCACAGCGACGCAACACCCACGACCCACAGCAGCACGUUAGCCGCCCGCGCUCCUCGUCCACCACCGACACCACGCCCAGCAGCCCGGCGCCUGCUCCAGCCGUCGGGGAUGCGGUGCUGUCGUCUGGGUACCAGUCUACAGAGGAGACAGACCGAAUUGACCGACUGGAGGUGAGCGGGUUGGGCCAAACACCCCUCGCCGUUUCCUACGGGGCGGACAGCUCCUUCCAGUCGGGCGAGGAUGGCACCCCGGACCCUCAGCGCACCAAACAGGCCAUCGCUCAGCUGCAGCAGAAGAUCCUCAAGCUCACAGAGCAGAUUAAGAUCGAGCAGACGGCAAGGGACGACAAUGUUGCAGAAUACCUCAAACUGGCCAACAAUGCUGACAAACAGCAGAGCACGCGUAUCAAACAGGUGUUUGAGAAAAAGAACCAGAAGUCGGCGCAGACCAUCCAGCAGCUGCAGAGGAAGCUGGAGCACUACCACCGUAAGCUGAGGGAAGUGGAGCACAACGGAAUCCCGCGGCAACCCAAGGAUGUCCUGCGGGACAUGCAGCAGGGCCUGAAGGACGUCGGCGCCAAAGUCAGCGGCUUUAGCGAGGGCGUGGUGGACAGCGUGAAGGGAGGCCUGUCCAGCUUCUCCCAGGCCACUCACUCUGCCGCGGGCGCGGUCGUCUCCAAGCCACGGGAGAUCGCCUCGCUCAUUCGCAACAAAUUCGGCAGCGCCGACAACAUCCCCAACCUCAAAGACUCUCUGGACGACCACUCGGGGGAGGAAAGCGUAACGGGCGGGGGCGGACGUUCCCUCACCAAUGCUGGACAUCACCUCCAGCUCAGUCCCAAAUACAUAAGCGACGACGACUGCUCCAGCGCCACGUCGGGUUCUGCCGGGGCGAACAGCACCACUGGGGCUCCUGGGGGUCCGCCAAGCUCCAAGGGCAACACACUGGAGAGAAGCCAGGCCUCCAGUUUAGACAUGCUGCUACAGGAGGUGCAGGACUUGAGGGACGGUCAGACACGGCUCAUGGAGAGCCUGGAAAGUUUGAAGAGCAACUAUCAGAGAGACUACACGGUGGUUAUGCAAGCUCUGCAGGAGGAACGCUUCAGGUGUGAGCGCUUGGAGGAACAGCUGAACGACCUGACAGAACUUCAUCAGAACGAGAUCCUCAACCUCAAACAGGAGCUGGCCAGCAUGGAGGAGAAGAUCGCCUAUCAGUCGUACGAGAGAGCCCGCGACAUCCAGGAGGCUCUGGAAGCGUGUCAGACCAGGAUCUCUAAGAUGGAGCUCCAGCAGCAGCAACAGCAGGUUGUCCAGUUGGAGGGGCUGGAAAAUGCCACGGCCCGGACCCUCCUGGGAAAACUUAUCAAUGUCCUGCUGGCCCUUAUGGCCGUCCUUCUGGUUUUCGUCUCAACCGUGGCCAACUGCGUGGUCCCGCUGAUGAGGACGCGCUCGCGCUCCAUCUCCACCAUCCUCGCUGUCCUCCUGCUGGCCUUCCUGUGGAGAAACUGGGACGCUCUGUCGGGGUACACGCACCGUGCUCUGCAGCCCCCGGGAUGACUAGAUGGGCGCAUCGCUUUGGUCUCGCCGGAUGAUAAGACUGUCAUCGCAGUCACGCAAUAGGUUCGGGGGAAUGUGAUUACAUUGGGAUGGCUGUUAAGCCGUGCACUCUGAGCACAUUUGGACACAACCUGAAACCGAGAUGAAGGAGGAAGGAUUGGAGCACAGCUGAGGACGCUCACACUGAGGAAGGAAAAGACUGUUUACAGCUCUAAAACGAAACGACACGGUGUUAUCCCUCGCAGGACGCGUUGUUUUAUUGUUUUUGUCUUUAGAUUUUAAUCAAUUAUAAUGUUAUUUCUAAUAUUAUUUUAUUUCUACUGUUAUUUUAUUCAGUACCAUGUAGCAUUAUGACCCUCUGCCUCUAACCGGAGGAGAGCUUAGUCAGGAAACUGGGCUGGCGACUCAGCCUGAAGGUCCGGUCUAAUUUUAUAGACACGUGGGAAUGUGGUUGAUUGCUUUUUAGGAGAAGAUAACUCUUACCUUACUGUGAUUGGUAGAUUGGAACCACGACUAUGAACUUUAAAUUGGAAUUGGUCCAUUUUUUGCUGUGAUGAACUGGUUCAGAAGGAGAUUUUUUUUUUUUAAGGGACUGAAUGUGGCCUUUGUGUCACAAUGACUUAAGAUGUUGUUUCCUUAGCAUUUCUAAUAGCUAAGAUCACCUGUUUUUAACUAGCUUGCUUUUUAAGUGGAAAAAAAAAACUUGAUUAAUGAUGGGUGUGAAUGACCGAUGAAGACAUGCUGCUCACCAUAUUGAAAAAGCCACAUAAACGGGAAACAUCUGUUGAUUCUCAAGCAUCUGCCAUAUAUGAAACAUGGAUAAAGCUGCUUGUUGUCAUUAAGAAAAUUACAUGCUAACCAGUUUUGCAACUGAGAAGCAAUGACAGAGCGCUGCUGUCUGUGAAAAAAAAAAAAAUCAAUUUGCCAGGAUAAUUGCCUCCCUCCUGCCAUUUUUGAUACGAUCAGUUUGGGGACCGGUGCUCAUCCAGCUCCGUCUCAGUCGGGUCAGGAAUGCUGCUGCCUAAUAUCGACAAUGCAAGUCAUCUCCACUGCCAUGCAAACACACACUGCCUGUAUUUAACACUACUAACACAUUUCUCCCUGCCUACGAACAGUUUCGUCCCCCUACAAGCACUAACUCUGUACGUGUAAACACCCAGUGCCAAACUUGAGUUAAAACAGGGAUGACUGAGCAUACCGAAGGGUGGCACAAUUAAGACGAUGCUCUGCACCUUUCACGUAUGUCAUGAAUGUAUUCUGCAGGGUCGUCAGGGAUGCAGCUUGCUGGGAGAUGCGGGAAAACCGUUGUGAACACGACCUCACUGCAAACCUGCAGUGGCGUAUUCCUGCACCUUUGCCUCGAUGAGAGCGAUUUAUUUUUUUUGUUCUCAUCUAGUCAGAGGCACAACGACGUGUACUAGAACCCCCUCCGCCUGAUUUUUCAGUGGCAGAUUCUUAGCUUGAUCAUCAAAACUACGGCUGCACUUUAGCACUGCGUGUGACGGCACAUGGGUCGGGCUGAAGAUUAGAGACUCGCGUUUCAAAGGAAAACACCGACUCCGGUCAGGAUCGCUGUCGUCCUCGUUUGAAACGAAAAGCAACAAAGACGAAUUCAGAAGGUGUUGUGUCAAAAAAAAAAAAAAAAUCAAAGUAAACUCUGCUCCCCUCAAGGCAACCAGAUUUAAAAAUGUAAGAUUUAUUUAUUCAUCUGUUUCGGUUUUGUGUUGAGGAGAAGAGCAUUUGAGUUGAGUGAGCCGACCAUUAACCUUGCAUGACAUUUUCAGUAACACCUCUAAUGUAGGGUUGUGUGCUAAACCACUUCAGUGCCUUCUGGUCUCCUUUUCUAAGUGUGGAAUAAAUAAAGUGCAUUCCCAACUAA